CACUCAGCACCUAGAAUGCACCUGACUUCAACGUCUGAAAAAUACGUCAUUUUGCUUACUGGUGGUCUUGUCCCGCGCACUCACACCCUGUAGAAGAGGCUACUCGUCUCACUCGCAGAACCGGAGGAGCUGGUGGCUAUAUUAUUCUGCAGUAGCUGUCUCCGGUGAGCGAAUGAAGGAAGAAGAUUGGAACAAACAGGCAGCAUAGUAGCUAAAACUGCUGUGGACUCUUUCUCACCAAAAGAGGAACCAGACGGCAGGCACGCACGGACGCACAGGUCUAUCCUAACCGGACGAACCGACUAGUAAAUGGGCAUAAUGUUUAAUCUAGCCACCUGCAGCAGAACGUGCAUAUACAGCAUCACCUUUCUGUCCGCGGUCGUGAUUUCCUCCUGCCACGCGCUCCGCCGCUGUGGGGACGUGCAGUGCGUUGAGGGCCAGCAGUGCUGUCCCCCUACCGUUACCGGCAACGGUAGCGCGAGUUCCAUGGUGCGCUGCUGCAAGCUCCCACUGCAUAUAUUCUUCGACAAUGUGGGCUGGGUGACGCGCAAACUAUCGGGCAUCCUGAUCCUGCUGCUCCUUUUCGCAAUGGGCUACUUCAUCCAGCGGAUUAUCUGCCCGCGCCCGCGCCGACACCCCCACCCAGAACACCCCGAGGAGCCCUCUCUCUUCCACGGACACGCCACCGCGUCCCAGGACUCCCUACUGGACCGGUACCCCGAAUACAGUUUUGGGGACUUCACCUCGCCAGUGCUGCUACCCGCAUAUGAUGAGGUGAAGUACCUGCCGACCUACGAAGAGACCAUGCAGGAGGUGCGCAGAGACCAGUCGGAUGAUAAUUUACUGGUCCAUUCGGAGGUGCCUGCUGCGGACCGAGGGACGCGGGGAGGACCGAUACCUAGAGAAGAGGGACAGGACACUUCAGGACAGGACAUACGCGCGUCACGGAAUUCUGUCUGACUAAAUGUGAUGGACUAUCCAAUUUAAGAAUUGUUAUUUUAUUAUGAACUAAAGGAGAGACUUACAGGCUAUAUUAUAACAAGUGCAAUUACAAUCUGUUGCAAUGAAUGUUAAAAAUAAUAUGAACUGGCAAUUUGGUCAAUGACGUGAGUUUUAUAUGAUUGGGUGGAUGAUUCCCCUUUUGUAUGCAAAUUAAGACUUGGUAUGAGAAACGGAGACAAUAAAAGAGAUAUGG